AUGGAACGCAGUCUCGCCGAAGUGUGCGUGUUGAGCGGCGAAGGGUUGCAGCUCGGAGGAGAGGCGGUGGUUGCUCGGCUCAUGGCUGAUGUGCUUGAGGCAUUGAAAUAUCUGCACUCACGAGGUGUGGUGCAUCGUGAUGUUAGAAGCGACAACUUGCUGUUUUCGAAUGACGGCAGACUGUUGCUGGCCGAUUUCUUCCAUGCUGUUCAACUCUCCCCUGAGCGGCCGACACGGAAGGAAGUUGUCGGUGUAUGGUACUGGAUGGCGCCUGAAUUACGCGCCGGCCAACCUUACAACACGGCUGUGGACAUUUACUCCCUUGGUGCCACGCUAUGGGAGCUCCUGGAAGGGGUACCUCCCCAUUCCGAAAUUGAAGAUGUCGAUUUCCUCCGAACCAUUUGCCACUUACCUCCUCUCAGCCAACCUCUGAGAUGGAGCGAACAGCUGCGGUCUUUUUUGGCAUUGUGUGCCGAAGAGCCCUCACGGAGACCCUCCGCUGUGGCUCUCCUGGAUCACCCUUUCAUCCGUCGUGCUUGUCCUCGCUCGGAGGUUGUGGCCCUGUUGAAUCGGGCUCGAGUACUGGAAGAUGAGCUGCAUCGCCAGGAGGCUGGGGCAACGAUCUGA